AUGCAGUACAAAUUCUUCACCGCUCUCCUCCUCACUUCUGCCCUUUCCUCUGCGAUGGGCGCUGAGGUCCAGAAGAAGGACAUCAUUAACACUUCUAUCGUCAACGAAAUCAACUCUGCUGGCAACAAUAUCGGCUCUGCCUAUGCAACUCUGACCUCCGCCGCCGGCGGCGUCACCAGCGUUAUCGGUGGGAUUGGAAACUCCAUCGGCAGCGGCAUCGAGUCCAAAGCCACCGCUGCCGCCUCCAGUAUCCGCUCUGAAGCCUCCAGCGCCGCCUCCGCCUUGACCAGCAACAUUGCCUCCGCUGCCUCCGCCGCCUCCGCAAGGGUUGCGUCCGUCAAGUCUGACAUCCGCGACGAUCUCACCGCGUGGACCACCGUCGUUGGAUACACCUCUGUCCUGUCUGGCAUUGAGUCUGCUGCUACUGCCGGUACUGCUGCCGCUGCCAGCUACAUCUCUGCCCUCCCAUCGAGCAUGGAUGCCUCUUUCCGUUCUGCAGCUGCUUCGGCGCUGAGCAGUGCGGCGUCGCAGGUUGCUGCUACUGGUACUGGUGCGGCGGCCAGCACAACUGCUGCUCCCGGUGCUGCCAGCAAGGUUGGUCUUGGUGCUAGCGUUAUGGGUGCUGCCGCAGUGUUGGCUGUUGCUCUUGCGUUGUAA